AUGUCCAUCAGCACCGCUGCAGCCGUCGCUGCUACUGUCUUCUCCGAGGGUGCUGCAAGAAUUCUUAGUCCCGAGGGCAUUACCGUCUCUCGUCCGAGACUUAGUCCCGCAUUGAUUGGACGAUCCACCAAGGGCGCGAGUCUGAGAGGUAAACGUGGCGCGUCCUGUAACGGUGUUCUGCUCUGUGAACCCCCACACCGGGCCGUCCACGUCAGCACCUUCCCCGUCAGCACCGUCCACUGGCGAUCGUGGAAGCCGUUCAGAUCAACGGACGAGAUCAGAUCCAUGAAAUCCGUGCGGAAAAUAUGGGCCACAUCACCCGAUCUCAGCAGCUUCGCCCACAUGAACGACUGGUACGACCACCAGGGUGAAGUUUCCAAGCAGCCGCCCAGGGUCGGCGUGCAGUGGGACAUGUCCCUGGCAGAGCACAGCCUGCCAGACGGAUUCUGCCACGUGGCAAACAGCACAUCGCGCCGCUACGUCGUGAGCAGGAAGGCGGACGCAAUCUGGGCGCCUCUGGAGAUUGCCGAUGGGGAAGGCGGCAUCAAGCUGCCAUUCCUGGUGGAAUUCUUCUUCUCCCACACCCCCACGGCUCGUCUCGGCAGCAUGGUGGGGUUCGAACAAGACGGGGCGUUUCGCACCUCCGUGGUGGUCGAGGAGUCGCUAGACACCAACGAACGCCGCCCCUCCGACUGGGUCUGGCCCGCAUGGGGCCCGGGCGGCGUCCCGUCUCAUCUGCCCGACCACCUGCCGCCCGUUCCGGCACUUGAUGACAAGACAAUGGUGGGAACUCGCACGGUUUUGACUCGCAACCUGAUGGUUCAGGAGCGAGAGAACGUGUCGUGGGCAGAAGAAUGGGGCCCUAACAGCACUGCUGCUGCUGCUGCUGCUGUUGCAGCAGCUGCUGCUGGUGACACUGCUUCAGCGGGAAAAGCUUUUGCAGCAGAAGUAACAGGAGCAGCGGCAGCAGCUGGGUUUAUGGGGCGAGUUCCGGAGGGAGACGAAGAGCGCUACGCCGUGUUUGCUCUGCCGCACGGGGUGGUGGUGUGCGCCCCGCGUUCACUACAGCUGGUGGCUGGCAGGCCAGUCGUGUUUUCGGUGUCGUGGGUGGUGGGGGAGGGCGAAGUGAAGCGCAUCACUGCCUCUUGGGGAGCGAAUGGGAGCUUUGAGAAAGUGGAGGGGGAACUGUACAGGAGAGAAGGUUGA